GAUCUUGUAAGAGUUAUCUUUUACUUCCGGGGAACAAGUCAGGAUUCAUCGAUUAUGAUUCCGGAAGAAUUUUUCUAAUUUUUGUAAUCUGAGAUGAUGCUGGUGAAUAUUUGAAAGUGGAAAUUUUCAAAUGAACGAAAAGCAUGUUUAAAAAGGAAAAUUUACGCAAAAACUUUCUGAGAGUGAAACAAAUCGCCGAUCAGAAUUUAGGAAGGGUUGAGAAGACCGAGGUUUUGUCUGAUGAUCUUCAGUCUUCAGAGAAAAAGGUAGAGCUGGUCAAACAUGUUUCAUCAAAUACAGUCAAAAAGCUGGGAACCAGUCUGCUGGGCUCAGGAGCCAGUGAUCCAGAAAAGAGACUUAAAAAGAUGCCGGAGGCUGGUAUUGGACACAGUAUGAUUGAGUCAGCUUCCUAUUUAGGAAGUGAAUGCAUUAUGGGACAGAUGUACCAGAUGUGUGGAAAUUGUCAGAAUUCCUUAGCCCAACAACAUCUACAGUAUGAGAUUGAUGUUGAAAAAAAUGUGCUUGAACCACUUCAAGCUAUAGUAGAGAAUGAAAUUCCACAGAUUUCCAAAUUGAAAAAAGCUUUGGGUAAAGUGACAUUAGAUAUGGACUCGGCUAAAAGCAGAUACAACAAUGCUGUACGACAGACACAGGUUCCAGGGGUUAAUAUGGUGUCUGCUUCAGCCAAAGUUGAUACACUUAAAGAUGAGCUUGAAGAUACCGUGAGCCGUGUAGAACAAGCCAAGGAUGCUUAUACAACUGGGAUCUUUAACUUUAUUUCUAAAGAAGCAGAGCAUAGCCAGAACCUUCUAAAUUUACUUGAAGCUCAAGCCAGUUAUCACCAACAAGCUUUAGCCAUAAUAGAGAAAUGUAUACCAAAAAUGCGCGAGUCACUUAGUUGCAAUCCAGUUAAACCAGUAUACGGUGUGCCGUUAGAGGAACAUUUACGUGUAACCAAUCGUGAUAUAGCACAAGUCUUAGAGGCUUGUGUUUGUUUCCUACUGGAAAUGGGCUUAGAGGAAGAGGGUUUGUUUAGAAUAGCUGGGAUGGCAUCAAAAUUAAAGAAAUUAAAGGCAUCAUUUGAUGCUGGUAUAAUAUUUGAAGACAGUGGAGAACUAGAUCCUCAUACUGUUGCAGGAGCAUGUAAACAGUACUUGAGAGAACUUCCAGAACCUCUACUGACAUUUAAACUAUUCCCUGAUUUCAUGGCUGCUGCUCAACAGCCAGCAGACCAGAGGUUGCAAGCAUUGUGGUGUGUUGUAGAUAGAUUACCAAAACCAAAUUAUGAUAAUUUUAGGUACUUAAUUAAAUUUCUGUCCAAGUUGACAGAGAAGUCAGAGGUCAACAAGAUGACCCCAGGCAAUAUAGCUAUUGUGAUAGGCCCUAAUCUCAUCUGGUCAGAGGGAGAUAGUGGCCCCAACAUGAUGAAUACUGGCAUAUUAAGUUUAAUUACAGAAUUGAUAGUCCAGCAUGCAGACUGGUUCUUCCCUGGAGCUCCAGACUUUCAAGCUACUCAGAGAGAUCAAGCCCCUGAUCGUAAAAGAAGGCCUAGUGGUGCCUUUAUGCAGAAACCAGGUAAUAGCAUUGUAGCCACCAAAGAAGCUGUUACCAUGGCAACACCAAAACAAUCUAGUUCACAGUCAACAGCCAUCAUAGCCAGCACUUCAGGGACACAGUCUAAAACUACAGGUUUUAUACCUGGUCGGAAAACCAGUCAGGAAUCCGUAUCAUCAUCAAGUGAGUCAACCAGUAUAUCUGAGGCAUCGGUACACAAUAAGGAGUAUGAGAACGCAGACACGUUGGAGAGAAGGGACAGUGUGGACCAUUAUCUAACAGCAAGAGGUGACUUGAGCCAGUCUAGUGCAUUCCAAUCACCAAGUUCGAGUGUCACUAACAAACGUACUAACCCAAUUAUCACAUUUGACCCAAACGGGCGGCUUAAACAUAAAAAGUCUGUUAAAAGACAAGCGCCUAAGCCUAAGAUAGACGCAAAGCCAACUCAUUUGCAGAAAACUAGUCAAAGUUCACCAGUGGGACAGAAUGUCCAUUCAGAUAUGUACAGCACAGCGUUCGCUCUUCAGUCGCUAGGUGAUGGUGGUACGUGGCCUAAAUACUUAAAUACGGUCAGAUCUAUCUGGGAUGACCAACUUCACAAUACAGGAAAUUCUGACUUGUGCAUUGUGGGAAAUAUCUCAGGAAAUGGUCAAGCAAGGUCAAACCAGGACAUUAACUUCACUUGUGGAACUCCACAGGAUAAUGGAAGUCCUCAGUUUCCCAAACCAGCAGAAACACAAGAUCAUUCUCGACUGGAACGAACUGGUUCUGACCAGUCAAGCUCCUCCCAUGGAACACCCCAGUCUAGUCCAGCAACCAACCAGGAUACAGCAAGUCCAGUGACUCCCGCCUCUGGGUCAAGGUCACCCUCUGUUUCACCUGCUGUUAGUAGUUCUAACCUACAAGGGGCACCUCUAGCUGAAAGUGAAGACCUGCAUCCAGUGAUCCGGAGACCAACUAGGAAACCAGCCCCUCCCCCUCCAGAGAGACCUUAUUCUGUAGCUGUAUCAGCGAGUGUGAGACCUGGUGAACAAUCCACACAAUUCCAGACAUGGCCAAGACAGGCCCUAACACCUCAAGGUGAUAGCUCUCCUAGUACUCUUACACGAAGUGAUAGACAGAAAACUUUACCUCCUGAUCGACCAAAUCCACCUGAUCGCAUUUCCUCACUUCCGCACGGUUCCCAAUCCAGCCAGGGCGACAGACCCAAAAUUCCUCCUCCUGUGGUUCCGCCAGGGCAUCAACGAUCGGCUUCUACUGGGGCUCCUGUAACAAUACCAGGAGCGCCGCUUCAUUCGAUGGACAAUGAAAAACUUACAGCCCCAAUUUCAUGCUCAUAGGCUUACAGGUGGUAGCAAUGUAAUACUGCAUAUUUGUUACCUAAUUGAACAAGUCCGGAACUCUAUAAAGCGUCGACCGUCCGUGCCACCCCGGGUUCCACCAAAGAGAUAGCUUACAUAUACCAUCACAAAGUUUAUCUUACAGAUACUCAUGGCCUUCACACAUGGGACAAAUUAAGCAAUAUUUGCAUAUUAAUCAAAUCUAUUUUCCUUACAUUGAAAGACUGAAGAAUAAUGACAAAUGUUUAAUUUUGUGCCAUUAGUAAUAAGUAUAAUACACAGUUCAGUAUACAAAGUGCAGUGUGUAUCUUCAAACUAGAGUCUGCAACAGUCUUUCAGUAAAAUUUAAAAAGUUCCAAAGUACACUUUUUAUGAAAUGAUGAAAAAACAAUGUUUAAGAGAUUAUUCUUUGAGAAGAAGAUACCAAUGGUAAGAGAUUAUUUUUUCAGAAGAAAACAUUUAAUAUAGAAGAAGUUUGAGGCCAUUUAUAUUGUGUCAAGAUCCUAAACUUGUCUGUGCUAGUUAUGAAAUUCUUGGCAGAAUUUCUUACAAUGUACAAACCACGCUGCAUGAAAAUUUGGAUGAAUGUGUGUUUUAUGUUGUACUUCUAAUACUAAUGAAAAAAAAGAGCAACUUUCAGAAGAAUUUAAUACUAACUUAUACAUUUUAUUAGCUAUUAGUAUAGUGGAAAGUAUGGUGUCCAUCAUCUGUCUUCCAUCGCCCUUGUCCACAAUUUACAUAAACUUCUUCUCCUCUAAAGCUAGAAUUACACAAAACUUUGUUUGUAGUAUCUUGUUUGUAGGUCCUCUCUCAGAUUUGUUCAAAUGGUAACAUGUGACAUGUCUUAUAGGCCAUUUGGACUAAAAAAAGAAAAGAAAAGAAAACUUUUGUAAUUUAAAAGGUCAUCUCCUAAAGUUUUCAAACAGAUGUACCGGUACCUGUCACUAGAGCUAAAAAUAGAAAAAACUUCAAAUGACUUGCUUGGUGGAUCUUCAUUAAACUUAGUCUGAAGCAUCCUGUAAGAUUAUGUCCCAAACUUUUCAAAUGGUGGCACUUGGCCCCUUUUAAGGGGCUAUUAAUUUAUACUAUACACAUUUGUUUCCAUUCUUGAUUUAGUGUGUCACACAUAUAUUCAAGGUCAAACUAUCAUGGUCAGUUGAGCGACAUGGGGUCACUAUGGCCCUCUUGUUGAUCAAUCUUUUGAUACAUUUUCCAAAUAUUUAGGCUGUUGCUCACAAACGUUACUGGUCAUAGUACAUGGGAAUUCACUUCAGGCACUAAAUUUGUUUAAUUUUGUUGCAACAUCAUUAAAGGACAAGGAAAGCCUGAAAAUAAGUUAAUUUCAUAUGAAAGCCAUCCUCAAACCUUUCAUAACACUGAAAGAAUUUUUAAAAUCGGACCACUAUUGAAAAAGAUAUGGCAGUUUGAAAUUUAAGAAAAUUGUGCAUCAUGGAGGCAGCCAUUUUGUGUGUUUAUGACGUCAUUUACACACUGCUGAAUUCUUUAUUUAGCAAAUCACCUUUUAAGUAGAUUAAUUUUAUAUGUUUCUUGCGUGUAAGAUGUAAAACAUGGUAAUUUCUUUCUUUAUAGCUGGAAAAAGUAUAGAAAUUAUUUUACAGAAAUAAGUAAAUACAGUUCAAAUAUGUGUCUUGAAAUUUAAUAAAUCCGUCAUUUUGAUUUUUGUUGCCAUGGAAACAAAAUGGCCACCAUUUAUAAUCAAAUAUUUAAAUGCUCAUAACUUUCUCAUUUUUAAGUUGAUUUUGAAAAUUCUUUCACUUUUUUAAAUAAUUAAAGAAAUUCUAGCAGAUGGAAUUAACAUCAAAACAACAUUGCCUUUCCCUUUAAGCUGUUUUCAUUUUCUAGUGUACGAGUUGCUAGUACCUGUAGAUGGUUUUAAAAGCCACGUCUUGUUUUUCUCAUAAUUGCAGGAUAAAAUGUGGUGAUCUCCCACACCAUACGAUAGGGUUGCUUGAAUUGAUUACUGGUAGUCUGCUUAAAUACACAUGUAUAUUUAACUUCAAGUUGAUAAAUGUUACAUUUAGUGCAUGAUUUUCAGUGAGUUGUUGAAAUAUAACAGUGAAAAAUAUCUCGUAAUUUCACCAUGAAAAAUAUAUUUUGAUUGUUGCAAAUAUAUUGUUCACUGGCUUGGAACUACUAGAGGGUAAACUUUGGUUAAAACUAUUUUAAAAAUCCAUGCAGUAUUAAGAAAUUGUAUCUGUUUUACAUGUAAGAUCAAUAUAUUUUUUGAGAACACCAUAUUUUACAAAGUGAAAGUGAAAACUCGAAAAUCUGGUUUAAUAUUUUCACCAGUCACUUGUCUGUUAUAUCUUUCCACUACAAACUUUGUGAUGUGUGACUCUGGUUGUGUUUUGCUAUGCUCUAUCCAGGAAACCCUCUCUUACCUUUUAAUUCUUUAUUGCCAAGCUAUGAUUGGCUAUAUCAUAAUAAAGGUCAUACAAGUGAAAGUGAUCUUAUUUCUAUUAUGUAAGUAAUUGUUAUAAAAAAAUGGUUCAUCCAUAGUGGUUACACCACUAAUUGCACCUGGUAUUCAUGCAAUGAAAGAUAAUGUGAUCUUACACAGAAACAAACGAGUAUCCUCUGUAUACUUGAGGCAUUGAAAUGAAUAAAGUGAUGGAGACUUGACCGUUUUGAGGAAGUGAAUGGCGGAAAUAUUAGGCCAGUAAUUAUUCCUCUGAUAUGUUCUUAUUCUGUCCGUAUUGCCGUAAGUUCUUGUAAUUUUUAGUAUGAAAAGUCAGUCAUGUGUUUGCAUUAUUCAAUGCCUGCUAGCUGUCAUUUCAGGUUCCGUAUUUUCAAAAGUUGUUUUCCUUAUCCAAAAUAAAGACAAUAUAAUUGAGCCGCACCAUGAGAAAACCAACAUAGUGCAUUUGUGACCAGCAUGCACAUCUGCACAGUUUGGUCAGGAUCCAUGCUGUUCGCUAACAGUUUCUCUAAUUGCAAUAGGGUUUGAAAGUGAACAGCAUGGAUUCUGACCAGACUGCGCAGAUGUGCAGGCUGGUCUGGAUCCAUGCUGGUUGCAAAUGCACUAUGUUGGUUUUCUCAUGGCGUGGCGCAUAUAUAUCUGUCACUUCAAACCAGUUCAGAGGGAAGUGUACCAGUAUGGUUUUGUACAACAUAUACUGAUGAAAGCAAAAUAAAGACAAUGACAAAAGAAACAAAAAAGUUUGAGGGAAGCAUUUUAUGAUAACUUUAUGAUGACAUUAUCCAAGAUAAUGACUGUGUACUAACGUGAUGAUGAUUAUGUGAAAUAACAUGAUAUGACUUUUAUCUGAAAUAACAUGAUGAUUGCUUUUAUUUGAAAUAACAUGCAUGUGAAUGGUGUAAUUUGGAGCUUAACAGAUUUAGUUAGGCUUGUUUUACAUGAUUUUGCAUAAAAUGCUCAUCAUUAUAGUAAUUUGUUUUUGUUAUAGCACUGUGUAUUAGGACGCCAUGUGUACAAAGUAGGGGCCAGGGCCUACUGAUUUGCUUUUUACAUGUUUUAGAGAGUACCGUCUAAAAUGGUUGAUCCUAUGUUUGAUAGAUACUGUUGGUGGGAAAAUACUAAAACUCACUAUUUUUGUGUAACCCUUUUUACGUUUUGUAAAAAAAACUACUGAUUAGGUAUACUAAUUGGAUAUUUUUUGUUUAAUGCUAUAUUUCCUUAAAUAUUAAUGGAUCUACCUGGACUUGCAUUCCUCUGUAUCAAACAUACAGUGUUGCAGUAUUGCAAUGAUGAUUGUACAGUCUUGUGGUACCUAUUCUCUGGUUACUUCCACAUCAAGAAACCAGUAGUCACAGGCAGUAUUUUUGCUUCUAUGUCAAUAAUGUACAUAUGUACCUACUGGUUGGGAACCAUUUUCCGGACAGGACCAGUUUCCGGACACGUGUAAUAUUCGCUUUAUUUCGUUGUUAUUCAUGGAAUUGUUUCCUCUAGAUCAUUUAGAUGUUUAGUCUUUAUGUCUAAAACAAACCACUAUUUUAUAAGGCUAUGUAAUGUUUGGGUUUUUGAUGAUAACUCUCCUGCGUUUACAAAACAACUUUCUGUCUUAACGGGGCAUGAAGAUAGCAUUGCGCAUGCGCAGUAGUUCACACAUGCCGAGGUAUCAAGUGGGGAAGGAAUAUUCAGACUACAUAAUGAUUGUCUGCUGAUAACAUGUUCUACUUUUAAUUUCACGCUAAAAGUUACAUAAGAUGCAGGGCUGUCGAUUUUUGCACUAAUUUUAUUCUAUAUCUAUUGGAAUUAGCAAGAAUUCGUAUAAGACGAAAUUCAAGUUUUUUAUAGACAACCUCGGUUUGCUUUCAUAGCUGCUAUUGAAAGUCUGGUUAUGUUUCAUGUGUAAUUUUGAAGAGUUGAAUGAUAAAGAAAUGUGUAGAAAUAGUUUAAUUACUUAUUUUGAUGUCAAAUUAACAACAAAACACCAUCAAAAUAUUUGUCCGGAAACUGGUUUACCUGACGGGAAAAAUAACUCAUUUUAGUGACCCCAUUUGAGGCCCCAUGGAACCCAUAUUUUACGUCACAGUGCGAUGCUGAUUACAACAUCGGAUGUGGAAGGAGCUGAAGUAUGUGCAGUAUGGGCUUCAUUUGUGUCAAAUAUCUUUUUUAGGGAAUAAUGGAGCCGAAAUAUGAAAAUGUCCGGAAAAUGGUUCCCAACCAGUAUAGAUGAACUGUUAAAUUUUUCAUUGUCAGUCUGUCAGUUGGUUGUUAAACUAUUUGGUUUCUGAUCAAUAGCUUGAGAGCUUUGGUCUUCAGUGUUCAAACUUGGUAGGAUUAUUGCCCAUGGCCGGUGGAUGAUGCCUUUGUUUUAGGGUCAGUGGAUUAAAGGUCAGGGUCACAAUGGUUUCUACUCUUAAGUAAAAGACACUUUGACCUACAGUUUUCAGAUGAUUACCUGUCGUUGCUAGAUAAUCUUAUUUUUUCCACCAGGUCAGUACAUCCAAAGGUCAAGGUUGCAUUGACACUGAGACUGAUAACAGUUUCCACUUUAUAAUUAAAGAAUGUUUGCGAUUAGUACUUUUUAACUAAAUAGAAUUAUUGCCUCUGGUCAACAGGUAACCCUUUAUGUCCCAUGUAGCACCCAUUUCCUGUCAACAGGCCAUCUUUGGGUGCAUACAUGUUUUACAGAAAGCUUUUAUUAAUUUGAUAUUGCAUGUGCUGUACUUUAUUUUUCAAAUGUGUGUGUAAUUCCAUGUUAGAAAUCCUGACUCUGAAAACAGUUGCAGCAGCGGGCUUAUCGUAAAAAUUAAUGGCUUAAAAUACUUAAGUUUGGGUAAUUUUCAAGUCACUUUUAUUUUAAUGAUAUGAUAGGCAAAAGACAUACAUGCAUUUAUUUUGUUUAAAAUUCAUUUUUGGUAGUAAGCAGGACAAAGCAUUUUUCAUAAAACUGAAUCUCUGUAAGUUACUUUGAAUUGUGCAAAUUUUCAUUUUCUCGCCAUUUACAUUUCUGAUAGAUAUUCAUUCUCAUAAUCAGUAUUUUCACUUAUAGCUUAAUUUGAAUUUUAUCUCGGCUGUUUCUCAUGACACGGUUAUGCUGGCCCAUAAAUAUGUUUUAAAAGGGUGAUGUUUUUGUUAGAAGAUUUGUUAGAGAUAAUAAUAUACAUCAAUUGUAUACAUCAAUUGUUAGUAUUUUGCUUUUAUUAAUACAUUUUGAUUCUGUAAAUGUGAAAUAAGUAUCAAAAAUUGUCUUAUAAUUAGCAUAUUAGCUAUUUCCAUACAUAUUGUACUAAAGAAAUAUAUUCUCCUGAAAGAGGAGAUUGGUUUGAUGCAAAUUUUGGAAAUGUUUAGCUGUGAAGACAUAUUACUUUGCUGUAUAGCUUAUAAUUCCAUUGUUUUGCAUAGAAUCAUCCAUUAUGUGUAUACACAUAUCCUUUAAAACUCGAAUAAAAUAGCUAUGAAAUUUUUUAA